UGUUUGGGGGGCGGGGCUUUUGCAGACCAUGGCGGGCGAGCUUGAGGGUUGCAAGUCUCUGAGCGGGCUGCUGAGUGGCCUGGCCCAGGACGCUUUCCACGGGCACCGGGGCAUCACGGAGGAGCUGCUGAGGAGCCAGCUGUAUCCGGAGGUGUCGGCUGAGGAGUUCCGUCCCUUUUUGGCGAAGAUGAGGGGGAUUCUUAAGUCGAUUGCAUCUGCAGACAUGGAUUUCAACCAACUGGAGGCAUUUUUGACUGCUCAAACCAAAAAGCAAGGUGGGAUAACAUCUGACCAGGCUGCUGUCAUUUCCAAAUUCUGGAAGAGCCACAAAACAAAGAUUCGAGAGAGCCUCAUGAACCAGAGCCGUUGGGACAAUGGACUUCGGGGCCUGAGCUGGAGAGUUGAUUCUAAGUCUCAGUCAAGGCACUCAUCUCAAAUACACACCCCUGUUGCCAUAAUAGAGCUAGAAUUUGGGAAAAGUGGACAGGAAUCUGAAUUUCUGUGUUUGGAGUUUGAUGAGAUCAAAGUCAACCAAAUCUUGAAGAAGCUCUCAGAGGUAGAAGAAACUAUCAGCACACUGAUGCAACCAGCCUAACUGAAGUUGAUGUAGGAAAGACUUGGAGUUAUUGAAACAAUAUUCACGAUCCUUCCCUACUGAUCUUUUUAAAAUCUUGUUCCCCUAUUGAUAUUAAAUCCUUAAAAG